AAAAAAUUUAAAAAAAAAUUUAAUAUCUUUAAUGAUGAAAAAAUAUACAAGUUUUCCAUCUUAUAUACUUUUGAUCACGCUUAUUAUAUUCCUUACAAUUAAUACUUUAGAAGCGAAACCUGAGAAACCUGAGAAAAAAAAAAUAUGUAGAAGACAAGGGCAUGUGGAAUUUUUUCCCGACUUUAAUAAAGAUAAUUUAUAUGGGGUGAUCACAUUUUCUGAAACUUCAGGAAAUAAUAAAGUUGUUGUCGAUGGAAUAUUUUCAGUACUUAUUGGGGGAAUAGACGGAAUUAAAACUGAAGAUGGAGAACCUCGGUAUACAGCUGAAUUAUACAAUAAGAAAGGAACAAAAUUAUAUGAUUUGACUAAUCCUGUGUUUCAUAAUGCCAUGGAAUUAGUUUCAUUUAAUAGACAAUAUGCCAAUUUAAGCAUUUGUGAUGAAAAAAAUAGUAUUAUUGGUAAUAUAGUUAUCAUUAAAAAAAGUGGGGACGAAAUUGCAAGAGCUGAAAUUUAUGAAUUAUUUUAAUAUAAUAAUAAUAAUAAUGGGUGGGUAUUUGUUUACAUGAUAACUAGUUUAGAUAGAACGUAAAUUAAUAUUUUUUCUUUUUUUGGGUUCUUUCAUAGUCAUAUAUAAUUAAUAUCAAGUCUUAUGCAAGUAUUAUUUAUGUAUUAAAAUGUGACAAUUGUAAUUGAAUAAAUUAGUUUGCUUGAAUCUAUAAGUUUCUAUAGUCUCUUUUCCAUCG